UUUGCCGUCGGACGGAGCAGCAGACAGACAGCGAGCUCCGGUUUUUCUUCAAGAAAAGAAACGACGAACUACUGAUUCAGAUUAAAGAACAGGCUGAUUCUUCUUUUUCUCUCUCUUUCUUUCUUUAUCUCUUUCUUUCUUAAAGGCAGGACGAGCUUUCGUCUUCACUGCUUCCCACAUCCUGUCAACAUGCCGAACGAUCAGCUGUGUGUGGAGGCCCUGUCAGCUCUCUCCGGCUGUAAAGUGGAGCUGACCACCGGGCCCUCGCAGCUCACCCCGCAGGACUUUGUCAACAUCGUGGCCCUCAAAGAGUUUUUAAAGCAGGAGGGCUUCAAGGAGCUGGAGUAUCCCAGCCUGGGGACGCUGUCCGUGCAGGACUACGACGACCAGGACAUGUACAGCUCCCCUCCGGCGCUGACCGAGGCCCCCACCGAGCUCAGGACCACGGUCAAGAUCAACCCGCAGGACUUCUUCCAUCCACAGUACAACUACGACUUUACCAAUAUAAAGGACGGUGACACCACCUUCCUGCGUGGUAACGAGCAGUACGUCCGGCCCUGCGGGUGGAGCCGGGUCGCCCUGCGGGUCCAGCAGAAGUACGACGGCGGGGACGGCUGGCUCGGGACGGGGAAGGACGCCUGGCCCGUCUCCUACCACGGACACAACAUGGACGGCUCCCUCAUCCUGACCCGCGGCGCAGACCCCAAAGAUGAUGAGCCCACCUUUCUGGACGCAGCCGCCGCCUCGAUUGUCACCGGAGAGACCCGGGGCCGAGGCGUCUACUCCACCCCAGACGUCAAGAUGGCGCAGAAGUACUGCAAGAAGUUCAAGUCCAAAGUGGACGAGAAGACGUACGAGGUGGUUCUUCAGAACCGGAUCAACCCGGAGAAGAGGACGAAGUGUCAGAGAGAGGACGUGUGGCUGGUUUACGUCCCUCAAGGCUGCAACGACGUCCAGACGAGGGCCAUCGUGCAGGAGUCCAUCCGGCCCUACGGGCUGCUGCUGAAGCAGGUGUGAACCUCAAAACCUGCACCGUAAGGGUCCCAUCAGGGUCCCAUCAGGAACCUGGAGUCUUCUUGAUUAUCAACAAAGAACCUCACAAAAUGAUCCUUUACAUUAAUCCUACCAAACAGUCUGCAUUCAAUAUUCAUUCCUGUUUGUCUUUUGGGAGACUGAGCUAACUGUAAGGGCUGUUUUCCUACAUUUUAUUAAACCUAUGCUGCUUUUUUAACACAAUACACGAAAAAAAGCCACUGCCGAGCUGCUGUACCACCUGUUGCCUUAUUUAGAGUUGCAUGUUAGAUUCAACUUUAUAGAAAUCAGUUUAACUUUGGACACGUGUUUGAUUGAUGGGUGUAACUAAUAGACAAUAAAAACAAGAAAGCAAACAUGCAGCUGUGGUUUCAUUUGUGAAAACAUAAAACCUCAACAGUAAUCAAAGCAGGUUUACUCUCUACAUGAUACGUUUAAAUGUAAGAAAAGACUGUGGGAAACGAGAGAC